AUGGAGCGGCUGCUGCUAGAGACUCCUCCCGCAGACGCCGAGGUGAGCGGGCGCGAGCUGGUCGACCGCGGUGUCGACGCCGCCGACGACGAGCCUGGCGACGGUGAGGCGCGGUGGACGGCGAGCGAUGCCCGCCGGUCGGUAAUGUCUAGCGAGACCAUCGACCGCGAGCCGCCGAGCGACCGUCGCCGCGGCUCGCUAUGCAGCGAGCGGCUCGAGAUAAGCGAGUCUGUCGAGUCGCGCCUCGCCAACGGGCGCGGCUGGACACUUGCGGCGCGAGCUGUCGAGCGCGACCGCGACCGCGACGAUGAUCUGGACCGCGACCUCGAGUGCGACGAGUGA